AUCCACCGGAGGACAUUGCAGGGGACACUGCAGGAGGGACAUCGCAGAAGUGCAAGACAAGCAACGCUGCAGGGUAUUCCCGAGCAGGGGCGGACUGACAACUCAUGGGGCCCCCGGGCAAUAGGGGAUCAUGGGGCCACUGUGUCCUUGCCCAAACUCAAAAAAGCCUAUGAAAAAGGUACCAGGGGCAUCUCAUGGGGCCCUCUACUGUCCCCGGGCCCUCGGGCAGUGCCCGAGUUUCCAAAUGGUCAGUCCACCCCUGUUCCCAAGUGUAGCUCAGGGUUACCGCUUGUGGUG